AUGCUGCCGACUUCAACGGCGCCUACAGCGGCUGAAGCUGCAGACGAGGUCAGCGACCUGGACUACCUGCUGAAGAUCCUGCACUGGUCGGGUACGAUGCGCCACCCGCACGCUGGUCCCUGGGCCAGCCGCGUCCACUACCUGGUCAAGGCUCUCUCUACGGUGGCCCUGUCGCUCUUCAUCUGCUCCCAGUCUGUCCUCCUUAGCCGCGACGGAGUGGCAGACCUGCAGCGGUUCACCCUUACACUGAGCGUUCUCGCCACGGCCAGCACAUGGAUGAUGCGCCUCAGGCACAUUGCAGCGUGGGAGCCCGAGUUCCACAAGCUCGCCGUGCAGGUGCGCCGCGACUUCGGCGAGUUUCUGAGCGCAGACGACUUGCAGCUGCUGCGCCUCAGGAACACCUCCAUACGCCGGUUCGUGUCCGCCUACCUGUGUUCGGGUGUGGUCACCUCCGCCAUAUACGCCUCCACACCCAUCAGCGCUGACGGGCUGCCGUUCGUCCUCGCGCUUCCGUACGACGUGUCGCGGCCGCUCUCCUUCGCCGCCACGUGGCUCUACACCCUCUACAUCAACUACUUCGUGGUUGUGGGUACCAUGGCUGCCGACUCCUUCAACGUCGUCCUGAUCGUUCAGCUGCGUAACCAACUCAAUCUGCUCAGUAGAAACCUCCACAGCCUAAAUGACAACAUCUCACACUCUAAUUCCUCUUCUUUCCAGACACAGUCCAUCAAAAAUACACAGCAGUAUGAAAACCGCAUUAUACAUUGUCGGCUCAGAAAGAGUGUCCUCCAUCAUCAAUCAGUCAUAAGGAACGUUCAGCUGCUGGAGAAGUGUUUAAGUGGGAUGUUACUGGGACAAAGCCUCUCCAUUGGGACGUCUUUAUGCUUGCAGCUGUUUCAGGCUGCAACGAGGGCUGAGGGUUUCCAGGAUCUUGGUAAGACCAGCAGCUACAUGCUCGCCAUGCUUUUAGAGCUCUUUAUGUACUGCUGGUUCGGAGAUGACCUCGUUUCGGAGAGCGAAAAAGUAGCGCUCUCGGCAUACGACGCGGUGACAUCAGUGCAGGAAUGCCCAACGUCCACCAAACGGUCGCUGCUGCUUCUGAUGGUCAGAGCCCAGAGGCCGCUGCGCGUCACUGCUGGUGGCUUCUUCACUCUCUCUAGAGAGUCCUUCGUGUCGGUGUUGAAUGUGUCGUAUUCAUUCUUCGCCAUUCUUCGUAAUUUCAAGGACGAUUAG